AGUGCCGUCGCCUUGACAACAGCAGCAUCCCGCCAGAGCUAACGCUGCUAACUGCUAGCCUAAAGAUGAACGACCAAUAUUCACUUAAUCAUAUUGACAGCCUCCUCUUUCAGUUUGCUCUUCAAACCAGGGAGCUUUCCCUAAAGAAGAAUGAAAUCAACCAACAAAUUAAAGUUUGCAGAGAUGACACUGCUGAGAGGAGGACUUACAUUGAAACACUCCAGAGAAAUAUCAAAAAACUUGAGGAAGAAAUCAGGGUGAAGCAGAACACUGGGAUGCACAAUAAAGCAAAUGCUAAAAGCAUGAAGACAACUAACAGCCUGCUUCUUCAGUAUGAGCAGACACUGAAAGUAGAACUGGAGAGCAGAAAAGCCAGCUACAACCAUGACAUGGAAGUCUACGAAGAGAGAAUUACAAGCUACAGGGAGACAUUCCAGUCGCAUAAAGAAUAUUAUUACCAAAAUCCUCUUGCUCAAAAGCUCCUCGCGCUGCAGGCUGAAAAAGAGGAGAUUGAGUGUAGGAUCAAGGGUUGUGAUGAUCAAAUAACAAUGAAACAGAAGGAGCUGGACAGUCUCACUGGUCCAGCAGUUGAUUCUACUUCCACCAUGAAACUAUCAGACAGUGUUUUGGGCCAGCAGCCCAUGGCAGAACCAGAGAAACAACUAGAUCCUCAGACAGACGAGGAAAGUAAUUCUUCCAUUGACAUCUCUUCUCUUCAUCUUAACCAGACAAAGAAUGGUUAUAAAACUUCUGGAGAGGCAAAUACUGAAGAAAUGACCGUCGAAAAUACCGUCUGCAGCCCUUCCCCAGACGAAGAAAGCAAUGAGCUGAGGUCAUGUCAUCCAUUGGAUGAGCAAAGACGGCACGAUGAAAUGGACACUGAGGAGCAGGAUCAUGAAUCUGGACAACAGGACCAAGUCUUGCAAUCCACUGUAUCAGGAGCGGAGGAGGCAGUAGAGAGUGAGGUGGAAGAAGAAGUAGCUAUAGAUGAAGAGCAGGCACAGAGCGAAGAGGACAAUGAGGGACUCGCUGCUUUUCAGUCAUCAUCUCAAGAAACAUAUCCUCAGUCGUCCCCAGCAAAAAUGACAUCUGUGGCUUCAACCCCAACGUUCCCAUUUAACUUAAGCCCUGCCAGCUCCCCACAUGAAGGCACCUUUGAUACCAAAUCUCCAGCUUUCCUGUUCUCUCUGAACUCUGAUCCCAGCACCCCGGGCUUCUCUGGGUUUGGAUUUGACGUGGGCUCGUCACACGAUGAGGAGUCAUCUUUCGCUUUUGCCAGCUCUUUUUUCAACGAGAAGAAAACCACAGAAUCAAAGUCUUCAACCUGUCCUGAGUUCCUGUUUGGCCAACCAGAGCAAAGUGAAGACUUCCAGUUUGCCUUCACCUCCAAGAGCCCUCAGACAAGUAACAAAGAUAACACCAGGGACGAGUUUCCAUUUUCAUUCAACUUUUGAGAGUCGGAAGAACA